AUAUUCUAUACUUUAAGAAAAGCUGUUUACAUUGAAUGUUGAGGUUGGAGAAUGUAAUGCAAAUAAUGCAACUAAUACAACCUAACUAAUGAUAAAAAAAAUGCUUUCACAAUGAAUCGUCAUCUUUAAAGUAUUAUGUCUAAUCAAUAAAAUUUUAAUAUGUGAAAUUUUUAAUAUGUGAUAAUUUUAACAAAUAUGGAAUUUCAAAAUAUAUUUAUAAUAUAUUAUACCUUAUUUACUGUACAAAACACUUAUGGUCUUCAUAGAAAUCUGAAAUAUUAUGAAACUCUCCAUAUAUCUCAUUUUCAACAUAAUAUUGUAAAACGUGGUAUCCAGCAUAGUUAUCAUCCUUAUAAUAAAAUAAAUGAAUUAGAGUUUUAUUCCCAUGGAAGAUAUUUUCGAUUAAUUUUAACACCAAGAAGAGAAGUUAUUCAUUCCAAAUUCAAAGCAUAUGAAGUAAAUGGUAAUGGAGAACAAAAGACUAUACAUUUAGAUCAUGAAAGUUUUUAUCAUGGACGAGUAUUUGGUGAAAUUGACUCUCAUGCACAAAUGCAUAUUGAUAAUGGUAUUCUUACUGGUAGUAUUACUAUUUCUGAUGAAACAUUUCACAUUGAGCCAUCUUGGAGACAUCUUCCUCAUUUAGGAAAUGAAACAAUGAUUAUUUAUAAAUCAUCAGAUGUUAAAUUAAGUUGGGAACAUUUUGAACAUGGGGAGGGGCAUACCCAUGGUGCUCCCAAAACUUGUGGAUAUGUAAAAGAAGAAUUAGACAUUCCAGUAAAUAAUAGGGAGGAGAAAGAGGACGAAGAAAAAUCUGAUUUUAAAUUAAAUAAACAUUCCAGGACAAAGAGACAAACAGAAACUUAUGAAUAUACUCCAACAAAAACAAGAUGUCCAUUAUUAUUAGUUGCUGACUAUCGCUUCUAUCAAGAGAUGGGUGCUAGCAGUACAAAAACCACAAUUAAUUAUUUAAUAAGUUUAAUUGAUAGAGUACAUAAAAUUUACAAUGAUACUUUAUGGCAAGAACGACAAGAACAAGAUGGGUUUAAAGGAAUGGGUUUUGUUAUUAAAAAAAUCGUAGUUCACAGUGAACCUACUCGUGUAAGAGGUGGUGAAACACACUAUAACAUGGUCAGAGAAAAGUGGGAUGUUCGUACAUUGCUUGAGGUUUUUAGUCGAGAAUAUAGUCACAAAGACUUUUGCUUAGCUCAUUUAUUUACUGAUCUUAAAUUCGAAGGUGGUAUAUUAGGAUUGGCAUAUGUUGGAUCACCUCGUAGAAACUCAGUAGGUGGAAUUUGUACACCAGAAUACUUUAAAAAUGGUUACACAUUAUACCUCAAUUCAGGUCUAAGUUCUAGUAGGAAUCAUUAUGGACAAAGAGUUAUCACAAGAGAAGCAGAUUUAGUUACUGCACACGAAUUUGGACACAAUUGGGGUUCUGAACAUGAUCCAGAUAUAACAGAAUGCAGUCCAAGUGCUAGUCAAGGAGGUUCAUACUUAAUGUACACAUAUAGUGUUAGUGGAUAUGAUGUGAAUAACAAGCGUUUUUCACCAUGUAGUUUAAGAUCCAUUAGAAAAGUAUUACAAGCAAAAUCAGGCCGCUGCUUUUCUGAACCAGAAGAAUCGUUUUGUGGUAAUUUACGAGUCGAAGGAGAUGAAGAAUGUGAUGCAGGAUUACUUGGUACAGAAGACAAUGAUGCUUGCUGUGAUAAAAACUGUAAACUUCGUAGAAAUCAGGGAGCAGUUUGCAGUGAUAAAAAUUCACCCUGUUGUCAAGGUUGUGCAUUUAUGCCAUUAGGUGUAAAAUGUCGCGAUGCACAGUAUGCUACAUGCGAACAAGAAUCACGCUGUACAGGAGCAUCUAGUGAAUGUCCUAGAUCUCCACCAAUGAAGGAUGGUACAGGUUGUCUUGAAAGAGGUCAAUGCAGACUCGGAAAAUGUGUACCAUAUUGUGAGACACAGGGUUUGCAGAGUUGCAUGUGUGAUACAAUUGGAGAUGCAUGUAAAAGAUGCUGUCGAAUGAGUUUGAAUGAAACAUGUUUCCCCAUAGAUCCUCAAGAUAUUUUACCUGAUGGAACACCAUGUAUUCAAGGCUUUUGUAACAAGGGUGUUUGUGAAAAAACAAUUCAAGAUGUAGUAGAACGAUUUUGGGAUAUUAUUGAGGAUAUAAAUAUUAAUAAAGUUAUGCGAUUUUUAAAAGAUAAUAUAGUAGGUGCUGUUAUAAUUAUUACUGCCAUUGUAUGGAUUCCCACUAGCUGCGUCAUUAGUUACAUCGAUCAUAGACGAAUUAAAGAAAGCGAAAAGAAAUGGCGUUGGAAGCAUACAGAUGAACUUAUUCAUCCAGAUGAACAAAGACAAGUUAUUUAUAUUGGUGGACAACGGCAAAAAAUACCGCAGAUUACGCAACAAUCAUAAAUGUUUAAUCUAUAUUGUGGAUGCGGAAAUGUCACGCAUAAGGAAAUUUCUAGUCACGAGUGUUUUGAAUUUUUAUAUUUCAUAUGACUUUCAUUUGUUAUGUAAAUAAAGAAUGUUUUUAAUA